CUCUAAUCAAUAGAUAUUUGCAGAAUGAAACAAGCAGAGAAUACACUGGACAGUCUGAAAAAUGUGGAAUGAAAAUAGUAUAUCCCACUGCUGUGUCACAUUUAGGAUACUCAAACUUGCAAAAUAACUACAGAUGCAAUAAUCAUACGAUAAAUGUUCAACCUGAUGUUCCUUGUAUAAAUAUAAUUCUACGUUCAGACUGCAAAAUGCAUUCAAGCCAGUAUAACUAUGUACAAAAGGAAAAUAGUCACAAUGAGAAUACACUACUGUCCCAAGCAAACAAAGAUUCAGUGAGGACUGAAUCUAAAGCAUUAAAUAUGCCACAAUUCAAUUCAUUUAAUAGAAAAUAUGAUCACUUUGUUUUUGGUACAAAAAAUCGUUUAGAUGUAUCACAAUCAGUAAGAUUGCAAUAUGAAAGAAAAUAUAAUCAAGGUAAUAAGAAUUUAACUUCUAAUAAUGUUUCACAAAUUCAUUACAAUAGACAAAUGACAAUGUUGGAUAAGGAUAUAACAAAAGAUGUAAAUACAGAUGAUAGUAUUAAAACGAAUUUUAACAGCUUUUCUGUAACAAAAUUAGAAAGCAGUAUAAAACAGAAAAAUGAAAAUAAUGUUUCUAGAAUUAUAAAGACAGAUUUGGCACCAAAUUUAGAAAACAUUGCUAAAACUGAACAAAAUUUUGUAGAGAUUAUUCCCAUAGACCUGAAAUCAACUUUGAAACAUUUUACAAACUUAGAAUUAAAACCUUCAAAUACAUUACUUAACUCUAAAUUUACAGAACUGGAAAGUUUUCCAAAAUCUAUGAAAUAUAAACCAUGUAAAAAAGGUUUUUAUAUGAAUUCUCUUACAGCACCUGAUAUUGCUAAAAAUUUAAUGAAAAAUGAUGGUGUUAAAAACACUAUUUGUAUUAACGAAACAAACGAUAUUUCCAAAAUUAAUGAUGAAAAAUAUAAAACAGAAACAAGUUAUGAAAAAAGUAAAUUUGAUAAAAAUAUAUUAGGAAUUAAAAAGUUCACAAAUUUGUCAAUUGAAAAAAGUAUGGAUACCUGUACUAAUACAAAUUGUAAUGGAAUGAACUCUUCUAUAUUAAAUAUAGACCAAGACGAAUGUGGUACUAGAAUUUCAAAUACAAGAUCUACAAGUCAUAUAUUUUUGCAGUUUAAAAAAGAUUUUCAUUAUAAGAAAUGUGAAACUAAAUGCAGUAGUACAAUUAAUAAUACUGUAAACAUAUUGCAAAAUAUGGUAAAAGAUGUUAAAAAAUUUAAAGAUAUAGAUAUGACAAAAUAUAAUGGUCAAAAUGAUCAGUAUAAAAAUAUAGAUAGCAAUUGUAUGAAAGAGAGAAAUGAUGUAAUUUUAUCAAAAAUUAAACAUAAUUUUUUUAAUCAGUCAGAAAUAAUCAGACCAGAAUACAUGAAGAUGUUACAAGAAAUUAAAAAACAUACCGAGAAAUUGGAAGAACAAUUAAUUAUUAUGAACAAAAAUAAAAAUAAAAAAAAAAUAAAUAAAAAAUUAGAUUAUACUUUAAAAAAUUAUAUUAAACAACAAAGAGAUAUGAUUACACAGAAUCCUGAAAAAAAAAAUAUUUAUGUACAAGAACCAUGUUCACAUGAUAAUAUAAAGUGUUUUCAAGACAAACUAUUAAAAUCCGGAAAUAAUUUGAAUUUGCAAUUAAAACAAAUUACAAGACAAGAUAGAAACGUAUGCAGGAAAGCUUCUAAUAUUAAGGAUAUAAGUUAUAAAAGAAAUAAUAUGAAAUCAUUGGUAUACUGUGAUAAUGAUUGCUUAAGAAGCAUAAAAAAUGUCGAAAUUCAAUGUGUAAGAUCUUUUCAUAUUUUUGAUUCAUCGAAUUUGAAACCGCUUGCUACGUCUACACCUAAAAAAGUUAGACCAUUGAAAAAUGAAAAAAGUCUUCAUAACAUAUCAAAUUGUACUCAAACAAUAUCUAUACCUAAAGCAAAUUUACAAAUAACACAUAUUAAGAAAAUUGUGUCAAAUGAAUUCAAAAGUUCUAUGAUAGAGCAAGAAAAUAAAGAGAUUAAACCGAUAAACAUAAAUUCAAAUUGGGACGAAAAUGCUAUUAUAAUGUUACUCUUAACAAAAGAUACAAAUGGUAAAUGUUUGAAGUGUAAAUACAAAAAAUCAGAGUUUUUACAUUUUAGGCCGAAAAAUAGUACUAAUUCACUAAUGUGUGAUAGAAAAUUGACUAAAUAUAGAUUAUCUAAACAAAAAAUGCAGAUACCCAUUGUGUUCAAAUUAAUGUGUGUCAGAUGCAAAAGUGAAGACGAUCUUCACUCUAAUGAAUAUAAUCGUAAAUAUAGUGCAAAAAGCUGUGCAAACAGUUGCAAAGUAUCAGAUUUAGUAACGACUGUAUACACUCAGUCAUCCAAUUUACAGAUUACUACUGCCACUUCAGUUUCUUGUAUUUCGUUUACCAAUAGGAAUGAUGUAAGAAAUUUUAAUGAAGAA